ACGGGCCGUAGUUGGUGGGCCGGUGGGCUUCUUUCAGUUGGGCUUCGACCGUUCCGCGCUUCCACGCGACGGCAGUUACAAGGAAUUCCCAGGUAGUACAAAACCAGGGGAGGCACGCCGCCCGCCCGCCCCAACCCGCGCCUAUUUCAUUUUGCCACGGCUCACCGACCACCUCCUCAACCCAACCCCCGCUCGCCGGGAGAAUCCCGCCACCGCCGCCAUAAGCGAGAUGAAGCAAAAGCAAGGAGGAAACGGCGACGACGUCCCGCGCUGCCCCCCGCAUCCUGGGUUCGUCGGCGGGCUCUGCUUCCUGUGCGGGGCGAAGAAGGAGGACGCGGAAAGAGGUCCUCCCGGAGUCGCCGUUGGUCACGAGACGAUGAAGCAAGGAGGAGACGCCGACGGCAACGACGACGAAGCGCGCUGCGUGAAGGAGGAGGACACGGAAGGAGAUGCUCCCGGGACCGCCGUUGGGCACCGGAUGAUGAACGAAGAAGGCGACGACCGUGGCAACGACGACGACGCCGCGCGCUGCCCCCCGCACCCUGAGUUCGUCCUGGGUCUCUGCUACCGGUGCGGGGCGACCGAGGAGGACGCGGGAGGAAGCGCCUCCGGAGUCACGGUCUCGAACAUCGACGACGCUCCGGCGACGAGCAUUGCGAUCGCGUCCGACAUGGCGACCCUCAAGAGGGAGAGGAAGCUGAUCCUCGUCCUGGACCUGGACCACACGCUGCUCAACUCGACGAGGCUCCAGGACCUCUCCGCCCUGGAGCAACGCAACGGGUUCACGCCCGACACCGAGGACGAGCUCCACAUGGAACUCUUCCGGCUGGAGUACUCCGACAAUGUUCGCAUGCUCACCAAGCUGCGGCCGUUCGUGCGAGGCUUCCUGGACCAGGCGAGCUCCAGGUUCGAGAUGCACGUGUACACCUUGGGAAGACAAGACUACGCCAAGGCGGUCAUCGACCUUCUCGACCCGGACGGCGUCUACUUCCGCGGCAGGGUUGUGUCCAGAAAGGAGUCGACCCAGCGGGACGUGAAGAGCCUCGACGUCAUCCCGGGCGCCGACCCCGCCGCGGUGGUGAUCCUCGACGACACGGACAGUGCCUGGCCGGGGCACCAGGACAACCUCAUCCUCAUGGACAGGUACCACUACUUCGCCUGCACCUGCCGCAAGUUCCGCUACAACAUCCCCUCCAUGGCGGAGCAGGCCCGGGACGAGAGGGAGCACGACGGCUCGCUUGCCGUGGUGCUGGGCGUCCUGAACCGCAUCCACCAGGCCUUCUUCGACGACGACCGCGCGGAUGUCAGGGAGGUGAUCGCGGAGGUGCGGCGCCAGGUGCUGCCCGUGUGCACGGUGGUGUUCAGCUAUCUGGAGGAAUAUAUGGAGGACUUCCCCGAGGACACCCUCAUGUGGACGUUGGCCGAGCGGCUCGGCGCCGCCUGCCAGAAAGACGUCGACGAGACGGUCACCCAUGUCGUUGCGGAGGAUCCGGGGACCCAGAAGGCGCAGUGGGCGCGGGAGCACGGCAAGUUUCUCGUCAACCCGGAGUGGAUCAAGGCGGUGAAUUUCCGGUGGUGCCGGGUAGACGAGCGAGAUUUCCCGGUGACCGCCCGUGCGAGUCUUGCCGCCUUCCCUCUCCACCACCUCCGUCGGCCUCACGCUCUUGGGCCCUCUCAUCACCUGGACCACCUGUCCGUCGGCUCCGACCCUGACCGCGAGCAGGUGGCUGUCCGGACCAAAGGGCAGCUCCAUCUUCUCCCUGUGCAGCGCCACCCAAAACCCGCCUCUGCCGUCGGCCCUCACAUUGUCAGGGUAGCCUGGCAAGUCGGCGAGGUGCUCAGACGUGCCCGCCUUGGGACCCUUGAUCCAAUAUCUCAUCAGCUUGCACGGCCCAGUGAGCGCCACCACGAGGUGUGUCCUGUCGGCGCUAAUGGCGAGGCCAUUGGGGUACGUGAUGCCGGCCUGCAGCACGGUGACUUGUCCCGUCCUGGGGUCGUACUUCAUGAGGCGGCCGGACGAGUCGCCGGUGGCCGUCACCCUCUCGUGCUGCGACCGCGGGUAGUUCAUGCUGCUGUCAGUGAAGAACACGUCCCCGGUGACCUGGUCCACAUCGACGCCAUUGGUGAAGCGGAGCGGCACGCCGUCGACCUCCGCGGCAAGCACCGUCGCCUCGCCGCCGCCCGGGCCGACGCGCAUCAGCCCCUUGUACGCGUCCGCGAUGUAAAGGUUGCCCGACCGGCGAUGGAACCGCAGGCCCAGCGGGCGGCCGCACUUGCUCUCGGUGAGCUCCGCCGGCCGAGCCCUGGACGCGGUGCAGGCCUCGGCGUCGUAGCCCGGGCUGUACGCGUAUGUCGACCAGCCGCGGGCGAACCCGUUCCACUUGAGGACGCGGCCGUCGGAGACGCCGCUGUAAGGGCCGGCGCCCGCGCCGUCGAAGGCGACGCUCUCCGGGCCGCGCAGCAUCGAUCCACGAAGUGGCAGGUGCUUGCUCCGGCUGCCGUCGAUGGUGCUCGUUUCGGAGAUGGGGCGAGCCGCGCACGGCAGGAGAAGCAGCAGGACGGCGAGGCACAAGAUCGCCAGUGUCCGUGCAAGCUUGUGGAUCGCCAUGAUUUCUUCGGUUUACACCGGCACGAUGUUGGACGUCACCGGGAUCCACUCUGCUGGCUGCGCGACAUCGUCCCAAAUGCUGAUCACCUCCGGAGGCUGCAGCACGGUGGCAGCGGCGAGUGUGAGCGCUGGCGAGGAGCACGGGACAAGCGGGGGAGGUUGCGUUGGUUGGCUGGGUGGGUUGGGCUGCAUUCUACUGGGCCUCGGGUACAACUGGGAGAGUUGCGCCUCGCUUUUCCCUUUUCCAUCCGAAGUGGCGGCUUCCAGUGCAAGGAGCCGCGAAGACGGGCAGCGGCACAGCAACAGUUGCCUUCCACGGCCGCCGCUCCAACGCCCGCGCUCGCUUCGUUUUGGUGUUCCACGGUAGCCGCCUCGAUGGCAGGACGAGGAUCCCGCCGACGCCGCUUUCGCCGCCGCAAGAGCACGAUCAAGCAAGGAGGGAACGGCGACGGCGACGGCGACGCGCACUGCCCGCCGCACCCCGGAUUCGUUUGCGGGGCAAUGGAGGAGGACACCGAAGCGGAAGGAGCCGCCCCCAGAGUUCCCGUCGCCCCCUGCCCCUCGCGCCGCGUGCUCUCGUUCCUGGGUCUGGGCGGGACGAAGGAGGAGGGGAGCGCGGAAGGAGGCGCGCCUAGUAAGAUCCGCGACCGCGAGGGCCCCGCGGCGGUCCCGGCCUCGAUGACGACGAGCAUCCCCCGCGUGUCCGAUCUGGAGACCCUACUGCGCGCGAGGAAGCUGACCCUCAUCCUCGACCUGGACCACACGCUGCUCAACUCCACGGGGCUCGACGACCUCUCCCCCGCCGAGCAAGCCAACGGGCUCACGCGGCACACCAAGGGUGACCCCACCGCCGGCCUCUUCCGGUUGGGCCGCGCCCGCUUUCGCAUGCUCACCAAGCUGCGCCCGUUCGCGCGGGGCUUCCUGGAGCAAGCCAGCGCCAUGUUCGAGAUGUCCGUGUACACACUGGGCGACCGGGGCUACGCGAGGGCGGUCGUGAAGCUGCUGGACCCGGACGGCGCCUACUUCGGCGGCAGGGUCGUGUCGAGCGACGAGUCCACCAGGCGGGACAGGAAGAGCCUCGACGUCGUCCCGGGCGCCGAGGCCGCCGCGGUGGUGAUCCUCGACGACUCCAGCCAUGUCUGGCCGGAGCACCAGGAGAACCUUAUCGUGAUGGACCGGUACCUCUACUUCGCCGAUAGCUGCCGGACGUACGGCUGCGGGGUGAGCUCCCUGGCAGAGCUGAGGCGCGACGAGCGCGAACACGAUGGCGCGCUGGCCGUGGCGCUCCAGGUCCUGACGCGCGUCCACCAGGGGUUCUUCGAUUCUGUCCUCGGCGGCCGCUUCUCCGACGUCAGGGAGGUGAUCAGGGCCGUGCGGAGCGAGGUGCUGCGCGGCUGCACGGUGGCGUUCAGCCGGGUCAUCCCGCUCGAGGGCGUCGCUGGGGACCACCCCAUGUGGAAGCUAGCCGAGCAGCUGGGCGCCGUCUGCACGGCCGACGCGGACGCCACGGUCACCCAUGUUGUCGCGCUGGAUCCAGGGACUGACAAGGCGCGGUGGGCACGGGACAACUGCAAGUUUCUGGUCAACCCGAAGUGGAUCAUGGCGGCGAGUAUCCGGUGGUGCCGGCCGUGCGAGCAAGAGUUCCCAAUCACCCGUCGCCAUGGACGUUGAAUAUUUACUGCAGGAUGGUGUCGCUGUCGUCAAGACUUCAUGCUUCGGAUCGUUGAGAUUGCUUGCCCUUACUAGUUUUGAUUCACUAACCUAACCUGGUCGUUGAGAACUCUGUGGCUCAUCGAUUGACUUAGGUCAUGUUCUGUUGGAAAAUUGAGUACUAACAUGUACUACUUGAAGUAUCGUGCAUUCAUUUUGGUCAGGUCUUCAGGAUAAUGAAGAAACUCUGUAAUCUAUUCAAUUUCUCUCAUCAGAUAUUCAGAAACCAGAAGUUCAGAACAGGGAGUCUGAAACUUCCAAGGUACUCCUAUUCAGUUACUGUCUGUGAUGUUGAUAUUCUCUCUCAGUGAUAUUGUGUGACAGAUUGAGAGGUUAAAGAAUGUGGGUAGAUGACUUUGCAUGAUCUUUUA